UUGCUGAAAGCGUCGGCUGGUAGCGGUGUUGGUGUGCAGUGUUUAAUAAUAUCAUCGUUUCAAGCUAAGCAGUUUUCGUGACUUCCCAUCUAAGCACAGCAAGAACCAAAACUGAAUUUCCAAGUCUGAAACUCAAGAUGUCCCAGCAGCAGAUCAGCCUUCCUGCCAAGCUCAUCAAUGGUGGCAUUGCUGGGAUUGUAGGGGUAACCUGUGUGUUCCCCAUUGACUUGGCCAAGACACGGCUACAGAACCAGAGGAGUGGCCAGCAGGUCUACAAGAGCAUGAUGGAUUGCCUUGUCAAAACGGUCCGAUCUGAAGGUUUCUUUGGCAUGUAUAGAGGUGCUGCAGUCAAUCUGACCUUGGUCACCCCUGAGAAGGCAAUCAAACUUGCUGCUAAUGACUUUUUUCGUCACUACCUCAGCAAAGAUGGGAAGGCCCUGACUGUGUUCAAGGAAAUGCUGGCUGGGUGUGGAGCUGGUAUGUGCCAGGUAGUCAUCACCACUCCUAUGGAGAUGCUUAAAAUCCAGCUCCAAGAUGCAGGGAGGCUAGCUGCUCAACAGAGGAUUCCAGCUGGUGUAGCGUGUGCCAAGUUAUCUGGCACCAGUGCAGUUCUGAGCCGGUCCUACACUGCAGGGCUGGCACCGCCAGUCCGCACUGUGUCAGCCACACGCAUUGCCCAAGAGCUGCUCCGCACCCAGGGAAUUCGGGGCCUGUACAGAGGGCUAGGUGCCACGCUCAUGAGAGAUGUGCCCUUCUCUAUUGUCUACUUCCCACUGUUCGCGAAUUUCAACCGUUUAAGGCAGCCCUCCCCUUCGGAGAAAUCCCCCUUUUACUGGUCUUUUAUCGCCGGCUGUGUGGCUGGCUCCACGGCUGCUGUUGCAGUCAACCCUUGUGAUGUGGUGAAAACACGGUUGCAGUCUUUGAGCAAAGGAGCAAAUGAGGAAACCUACAAUGGUGUAGCAGACUGCAUAAGCAAGAUCCUGAAGAAGGAAGGACCAUCUGCCUUUCUGAAGGGUGCAGGCUGCAGGGCCCUGGUCAUUGCCCCCCUGUUUGGCAUUGCCCAGGUCAUGUACUUUGUUGGGGUGGGCGAAUUGAUUCUGGAUUAUGUCCCCUUCAGCCUUUACUCUGCAUAGACUAAGCCACAUCUCCUCAGCUCUCCACCUGACUCUGGUAAACUUAGCUCUGCUGGAUUGGGCUGUGAAGGGAACUGCAGGAGCUACAGACCACCCUUUGUACACCGAUGUGCAUCAGGUCAUCUCAGCUGUGGGAGCACAGGGUUUUGGGAACCAUGUCAAACUUUUCUACCCUCAGGACAUGAAAAUAGGUUGCCUUGAAUAAUGUGUGCUUAUCAACAUGGUUUUUGAGGAGCAGUUGGCAAUGAAAUGUUGAAGCUCCCUCCUACCAGGGUAAAGGAAGGCUUCCAGAUUUUUCCCUCAAUGAGGGAGGGAGAUGUAAAAUACUUAACACCUCACCAGAAUUGCUGAGGACCUUGUGAUAAUUUUGUCAGCACUGUGCCAUGGCAGUACGCUGUACAGUUCACAUACAGAAAGUAGAACUGUACCUUUUCAUGGAGUGAUUUUUUUUGAGAUGUUAAAUCUUUUUCCAGUGUCAAAUAUAUUUAUAGCUAUGUAUUUGCUGUUAAGUCAGUCUUCCAGCUGGUAAAUUACAAAAAAAAGAGCCAAAGACUGAAUAGUCCUUUUUUUUUUUUUUGUCACCAAGGUUGUAGGUGUGUAUUAUCAGGUAUGGGAGUAUAGUGUUCUUAAGAGGGCCCAAAUUGUUAAAUUGCAUUUAGCUGUCAAAAUUUUUAUAGUCCUAUAAGAAAGGACCAAGUAGAGAUUAGGGCAGUGUGUUAGUAUGUAUCCAGAGUAUUCUAUCCAUACAAUUCAUAACUUUGAGAUGUCAUUUAAUACAGUGUUGUAGUUACAUGUAUUGUUUCAAAGAUGGAAUGAUGGGAAACAUGCUUUCUGUGCAUCUUGAAUUGAUGCGUAUCAUGCUUGUGAAGUAUACAUGUCAGUGAAAUUUGAGUUACUUAUACAAAGCACAGCAGAAAGUUUUCCAGUUUUUGAAAUGUUAACUGCGUUCUGAAUUUUGUACAUGCAGUUUGUUUUGGUAUUGCAGUGUUAUCUUAACUGUCCACAGUGGAUUAACAAGCACUCUGCAAUGAAAUUUCAGCUGAUACAAGAUCUGAACAAAAUGUUUCUGAGAAACGUUCCUGUAAAA